AUGACUUAUUUUUGCUAUCCUAUCCAUCACUCGUACGAAAAUGGUGCCUUGGUUAAGGCCAUCUUCCUAUCAAGGGCACCUUAUUUGACGCCGGAAUGUGGCUCAUCGAAGCGUUUGGCCCAUUAUUCUGCUCAUCCGGUUAGGCUUCGUUGUUUCCCUCUGCUUAAGUUUGACACAUGCAUACACGCAUGCGACCCUAGUGACCGGACAGAAUGUGUCAAGUGUACUUCUGAAGAUGUGGUGGAGAUCGAUGCAAAUGCGCACUUCACCUCAAGUUUCACCCUUGGGAUUGAGGCAGUAAUAGCCGAAUAUCGAUCCUUUUUGGUUCGGUUGCCGCAUCGAUCCAGCCGUUCAACUGACUCGGUCUUCGUUAGUCAGAGCAGCCUGAGCCGGCAUGAUGAGGGCAUUGUCGCAGUUGAUCUUUCCUUUAUCUCCUCGUUUUGGAGGUUUUUUUUCACGGCUUCAUUCGCAUGCUCAGUCUUCAGGUUGGCUGCUGCGCUUUUCUCUGCCUGCCGCGGUCCAGAUGUACGGAAUACCAGAUACGGCCUCGUGAGUAGGAGGUGCGCACAUCCUAGCCUCGAGUCCAAUUACGCAUGGGCAAGCCCCGGAAUGGGCCUACACACACACGUGUAUCAACACACAGGCCGCUUAGAGGCACGGUGGAAGGCUAGUCGGUUAGACAGUUUUUCAGGUCUUCAGUCGUCGUUCGAGUCCCUUAGCUCUUUUAUUGGCUGA